GGAGUGAGGUAUAUUACUGAAGAUCUGAUUAAAAAGCAAGCGAAAGAAGAAAACUUUGAUCUUAUCACCAAUUUAAAUCUCAAUAUCUCUAAAGAUGGAAAGAAGAUUAAGUACAUAGAAAACUUGGAAAAACUGGGCAAACUUCAAGUUCUGAUCCUCAGUAAUAAUAUGAUAGAAAAAAUUGAGAAAAUGGACAAGUUACAAAAGUUACGUGAACUGAAUUUAGCUUAUAAUAUGAUCAGUAGAUUAGAGGGCCUUGAAAACUUGAUACUACUACAAACUCUGAAUGUAACUGGUAACCAAAUCGAACAUAUACCUGUAUGGUUGUCAAGGAAAUUAAAAGCUUUGAGAACAUUUAGAAUCUCCAGGAAUAAGUUGGAAUCGUUAUCUGAAGUGAGUAAGUUGAAAUCAUUAAGUGAUUUGAGUACAUUAGAUAUCAGUGAGAACCCCCUAGCAGAGAUAUCUCAUCAUAGACUGUAUAUUAUAUUUCAUCUGAAACCAUUAGAAACACUAGAUGGUCAGCAAGUUUUACAGACUGAACGAUCUACUGCUCAGGAAAGAUUUGCUCAAGAUGAAGUAGAGAAAUUAGAACAACAACUGGAAGAACAAGAAACCAGAAAUCGUCACCUGGAAGAAAGUCAUAAUAAAUCAGUACAUGAACUGUCAGCUAAAGAUACAUCAGCUGCUGAAUUGAAGCUAAAAGAUCAGCAAUCACGAGAAAAAAUCAAAAACUUAGAACAAGAGCUUAAGAUCAGAGAAGAUUUGUUAAAGAGGAAGACAUCAGAUUUAAAUAAAGCCAGUGAAAAACAUUACCAAUUAGAACAAGAACUAGCUUUCUUUAAAAUAGAUUCGAAAUUUGAUUCAUUGGGUGAAAGACCUCCAGCAAGUUUGGAUCAGAGUGGAGAUGAUAGUGGAUUGAUUGGUGAAAGUCCAUAUAUUGGUAAAGCCAGGUACAGAUCUAACCAGUAUGCUCAGGAAUCUUCUAUCAUGUCCUCACCACAGAAAAUAGUCAUGUCCUCAUUUGAUACAUCCUCAGCUAUGUCAAGUCCUUCCAAAGGUUUCACACCAGUAGCUGGUAAAUUACAUCAGAAUGUAGACAAUAAAUUGGCAGAGAAGCAGCGAGAAUUAGAGCUAGGUAAGUACGUCUAA